CAUUCUAAGACACAGCAUAUUCUAUUUCACUUCCAACAAGAACUAAAUAAACAUGGCCAUUGCAAGUACUGGUGUUGAAUCCAACAUGAAGAGCUUGACAGUACAAGUCCUAACAGGAAGAUGGUUCAUGGUAUUUGCUGCUGUUCUAAUCUUAUCAGCCUCUGGUUCCACAUACAUAUUUGGUAUAUACUCUACUGAUAUCAAAACUUCUCUUGGAUAUGAUCAAACCACCCUUAAUUUACUCAGUUUCUUCAAAGAUUUAGGGUCCAAUGUUGGUGUCCUAUCUGGCCUAAUCAAUGAAAUAACACCCCCUUGGGUAGUUCUCUUAUUUGGUGCUGUCCUUAACUUUUUUGGCUACUUCAUGGUUUGGCUAGCAGUGACCAAAAAAAUCCCAAAACCCAAAAUAUGGCAUAUGUGUGUGUACAUUUGUGUUGGUGCAAAUUCUCAGUCUUUUGCCAACACUGGUGCAAUGGUCACUUGUGUCAAGAACUUCCCCGAGAGUCGUGGCGCGGUUCUUGGACUACUUAAGGGCUAUGUUGGGCUAAGUGGUGCAAUGUUGACACAAAUUUACCAUGCUAUUUAUGGUAAUGACUCUAAGUCUCUCAUUUUGCUUAUCGGUUGGCUUCCUUGUGUCGUUUCGUUUGUUUUCUUGCGUAUAAUUCGCGUUAUGAGGGUGGUUCGGAUUGCACAUGAGAUGAAAGUGUUUUACAAGUUUCUGUAUACAUCACUUGGCCUAGCUGGAUUUCUCAUGUUGAUCAUUAUACUUCAGAAAAAACUUGAUUUUAAACAGACUGAAUAUGGUUUGAGCACAGCCAUUGUUCUGUUUUUGCUCUGUUUGCCACUUGUUAUUGUUAUCAAAGAGGAAAUUGAUUCUUUGAAAAUCAAGAAACAAGCAUUGGAAAGUAUAUCACAAGUGAAGUUAGUAACUGAGGACCCAGAUUGUGAAAUUUCUCAGCCCCAGUUGGUUACCCAAACACCCCCCUCAGCACCUUCUACUAGUGGACCAUCAAAAGAUCAAGAAAAUUCAAGUGAUCAAGAAUCUGCUUCUUGUUGGAAAACAGUUUUUCGCACACCGGAUAGAGGUGAAGACUACACUAUACUUCAAACCCUUUUCAGCAUUGACAUGUUAGUCCUGUUUUUCGCGACGAUUUGUGGCGUUGGAGGGACACUAACAGCAAUAGACAACUUGGGACAAAUUGGGACUUCAUUAGGCUAUCCAAAAGCCAGCAUUAGCACAUUUGUAUCACUAGUGAGCAUAUGGAAUUACUUAGGCAGAGUUGUGUCUGGUUUCUUGUCUGAACAUUUCUUGUCAAAGUACAAAUUUCCUAGGCCACUUAUGCUCACGAUAACGCUUGUGAUCUCUUGUUUAGGCCAUCUUUUAAUCGCGUUCAACGUGCCCGGUGGCCUAUAUGUUGCAUCAAUAGUCAUAGGAUUUUGCUUUGGGGCACAAUGGCCAUUGCUCUAUGCCAUAAUUUCAGAGCUAUUUGGGCUGAAAUAUUACUCAACUCUUUACAAUUUUGGAUCAGUGGCAAGUCCAAUUGGGGCAUAUUUGCUAAAUGUAAGAGUGGCUGGCCAUUUAUAUGAUAAAGAGGCUGAGAGACAAAUGAUGGCUAUGGGAAAAACUAGGAAAAUUGGUGAAGAUUUGGAGUGUAUAGGGGCUGAGUGUUUCAAAUUGGCCUUUAUUAUUAUCACAGGAGUUACAAUUCUUGGGGCAUUUGUGUCAAUUAUUUUGGUGUUGAGGACUAGGAAGUUUUACAAGAAUGAUAUUUACAAGAAAUUCAGAGAGGAAGCUAAAGUGGCUGAGAAAGAAAUGGCUAUGGCUGAAAAUUAUGGUGGUCUUCUUCAAAAAUAAUAUUAAUUCUACUAAGGAUUAUUAAGAAUUACAUGUAAUCUGAUAUCUAAUCAUAUCUCUAGUUUCCAAAUAUCAAAUUUUCAUCCACUUGUUAAUUGCAAUUUUUAACAUUUGAUAGUGUAAAUUUUUGUUUUACAUUGUCAGUGUGUAUAGUUAAACUCAUUUUGGAAUGCCAUUAGUUUGGAUCCCAUUAACGGUGAGUUGUAUAUCUGCCGUGUACAAUGGCGGAGUCGAUCAAGAUUACCGAGAAGUU